AUGGGUCUCAUGCAGAAGAUCGUCAAAAAUGACGCCAUGAAAGAGGACCCCCCCGAGAUUUACGGAUGGAGGGCUUUUGCUCUUGCUUGCUCGGCUUGUUUCGGCGGUUUGAUUUUUGGAGUCGACACUGGAGCCAUUGGUGGUGUCUUGAGAAUGCCUGAGUUCCAGGACCUGUACCGACUGAGCCCGGAGUACGCCACGGAUAACCAGCGGGCCAACCUGAGUGCCAACAUCGUCAGCACUCUCCAGGCCGGAUGUUUCCUUGGCGCCCUCCUCGCGGCUCACGCCGCUGACCGCUUCGGCCGCCGACCCGUUCUCAUCUGGGGUGCUGGUGGUAUCUCUCUCAUCGGUGUGAUUCUGCAAGCUGCGGCUUCCGGUCAUCUCGCACCCAUGUACAUUGGCAGGUUCGUCUCUGGCUUCGGCACCGGCUUUGCGUCCAUGGUCAACCCUCUCUACGUUGCCGAGAACGCUCCUCGUGCUAUUCGUGGUGGUCUUACCGGCAUCUACCAGCUCUUCAUCGUUUUCGGCAUCUUCCUGGCUUACUGGAUCAACUACGGCUGCAUCCAGCACAUCUCUGGUCAGGCUCGUUUCCUCAUCCCACUGGUCUUUCAAGCCAUUCCUCCUCUGCUUUUGAUGAUCAGCAUGUGGCUUUGCAACGAAAGUCCUCGCCAUCUCGCCAAACAAGAUCGCUGGGAAGAGGCCAUGUCGGUUCUGUCCACGAUCCGUGCCCUGCCUCCCACUCACCCUUACGUCGCCAACGAGUUUGCUGCCAUCAAGGCUUCGAUUGAGGAGGAGAACCUCCUUCUUGAUGGCACUACCUGGUGGUCUCUGCAGCGCGAGAUGUGGACGAUUCCCGCCAACAGACGCCGUGCCAUCAUCAGUAUCCUUCUCAUGUUCUUCCAGCAAAUGACGGGUAUCUACGGCCUCGUCAAGCUCAUUGCCGUCGUUGUCUUCCUCAUCUUUGUCGCCGACUCCCUUGGCCGCCGCCGCUCUCUCAUCUGGACCGGUAUCGCCAUGGCCGGAAUGAUGCUCUACAUCGCCAUCUUCAUCCGCGUUACACAGCCCGACCCCAAUUCUGAAGAGGACGUGUCUGCCGCCGGCUACGUUGCCCUCAUCUGCAUCUUCCUCUUUGCCUCGCUCUUCCAGUUCGGGUGGGGCCCCGUCUGCUGGAUCUACGUUUCCGAGAUUGCGACCACCCGUCUCCGUGCCACCAACGUCUCGUACGCCGCCGCCACGCAGUGGCUGUUCAACUUUGUGGUCUCGAGGGCUGUGCCGCCCAUGCUUGUCAACCUCGGAGUCGGCGGUUUCGGCACCUACAUCUUCUUCGCCGGCUGGUGUGUUGUCAUGGUUGUCUUCUGCUGGUUCUUCAUCCCCGAGACCAAGGGUCUCAGCCUUGAGUCGAUGAACGAGCUGUUCGGCAUGACCGAGCCUCUCCGGGCCAAGGACAACGAGACUGCCUCGGUUGACAAUGGAUCUCGGAGCGACCGGAAGGAGAUCACUGAGACGCCUACUGUUGCUCAGGUGGACCAGGCUGAGACUCCUGGAAACAACACUCGGGCUAUGUAA